GCUGAGGGAGAUAGGGAGAAGGAGAAGCCCCGAUCCUCGCAGAUUAUCCGCUGCCAGGCCUUUUUCCUUGUUUUCCUUCUUUUUCCCCAAUCCACAGCUCCCCCUCUGCGCGCAGGGUGGGUGGUUCAGCCCGACCAAGAUGGCCGCCACCAUGAAGAAGGCGGCUGCAGAAGAUGUCAAUGUCACCUUUGAAGAUCAGCAGAAAAUUAACAAGUUUGCAAGAAAUACCAGCAGGAUCACAGAGCUGAAAGAAGAAAUAGAAGUGAAAAAGAAACAACUGCAGAACUUGGAAGAUGCUUGUGAUGACAUCAUGAUGCUGGAUGAUGCAGAUUCCCUUCUGAUACCCUACCAGAUUGGGGAUGUCUUCAUCAGUCAUUCCCAGGAGGAGACACAGGAGAUGCUGGAGGAGGCAAAGAGAAGUUUACAAGAAGAAAUCGAAGCGUUGGAAUCCCGAGUGGAGUCAAUUCAGAGGGUCUUAUCUGACCUCAAAGUGCAGCUCUAUGCAAAGUUUGGAAACAACAUAAAUCUUGAGGCUGAGGACAGUUAAAGCUUUUCUAAAUACAACAUACAUUUUUUCCUUAGUUUAUUAAAUGUUUUGAUAACAUUGUUUUCAAUUACAUUUGAAAAAAAAAUCCACCACUUUCUUUUUGGGUUUUUUUUGGUUGUUUUGGUUUGUGUUUUUCUUUUUUACUUUCCUGUCUUAGGUUCCAUAUAUUUAAUGAGAACUUUCAUAUUUUGGUUACUGCAGUUAUUUAUUUGUUCAGGAAAGCCUGUUGGUAAAGCAUCAAGAUUGGAAUAUUUGCAUUGUUUAUUGAAGUAAUAAAGUCAGGCAUGUAUUAUA